GGAGCUAGAAGGGCGGUCGUGUCUCUCUCAGCCUAGUUUCUAUGGGAAAUGAAGUAGGAGGGAACGCAGCCAGGGAAACUAGCUGGGCCAGGAGGGGUCAGACUCCUGAACAAGUGAGCUGAUCUCUCAAGCAGGAGCUGGAUCAGUGUGAGGGAGAGCGGCAUCCUCCUCCGGGAAGCCUUCCCUCACUGAGUUCGUUUCCGAUGGGCUGGAACUGCGGUCCCCCGCUGUUCUCUGCGGCCGUCUAGGGAUGGCGCUCCUGCCUACUCCGGACCAUCCCUGCUUGGACUGAAAGCCUGGGCUUCGGCGGGGCGGGCGGGCAGAGGGCGGAGGGCGGCCCCAGGAGGGGCCUGGCAGCAGAGAAAGGUGGCCCGCGGCCAGCCCCGCCCCUACCUGUGGAAGCCCAGCUGCCCGCACGGGCGGAUAAAAGGCGCUGAGUGUCCCCGAGGUUAGAGAGUGCGCGCUCCUCCUCGCCCGCCGCUAGGUCCAUCCCGGCCCAGCCACCAUGUCCGUCCACUUCAGCUCCCCGGUAUUCACCUCGCGCUCAGCCGCCUUCUCGGGCCGCGGCGCCCAGGUGCGCCUGAGCUCCGCGCGCCCCGGCGGCCUUGGCAGCAGCAGCCUCUACGGCCUGGGCGCCUCGCGGCCGCGCGUGGCCGUGCGCUCUGCCUAUGGGGGCCCGGUGGGCGCCGGCAUCCGCGAGGUCACCAUUAACCAGAGCCUGCUGGCCCCGCUGCGGCUGGACGCCGACCCCUCCCUCCAGCGGGUGCGCCAGGAGGAGCGCGAGCAGAUCAAGACCCUCAACAACAAGUUUGCCUCCUUCAUCGACAAGGUGCGGUUUCUGGAGCAGCAGAACAAGCUGCUGGAGACCAAGUGGACGCUGCUGCAGGAGCAGAAGUCGGCCAAGAGCAGCCGCCUCCCAGACGUCUUUGAGGCCCAGAUUGCUGGCCUUCGGGGGCAGCUCGAGGCGCUGCAGGUGGAUGGGGGCCGCCUGGAGGCGGAGCUGCGGAGCAUGCAGGAUGUGGUGGAGGACUUCAAGAAUAAGUACGAAGAUGAAAUUAACCGCCGCGCAGCUGCUGAGAAUGAGUUUGUGGUGCUGAAGAAGGAUGUGGAUGCUGCCUACAUGAGCAAGGUGGAGCUGGAGGCCAAGGUGGAUGCCCUGAAUGAUGAGAUCAACUUCCUCAGGACCCUCAAUGAGACGGAGUUGACAGAGCUCCAGUCCCAGAUCUCCGACACAUCUGUGGUGCUGUCCAUGGACAACAGUCGCUCCCUGGACCUGGACGGCAUCAUCGCUGAGGUCAAGGCACAGUAUGAGGAGAUGGCCAAAUGCAGCCGGGCUGAGGCUGAGGCCUGGUACCAGACCAAGUUUGAGACCCUCCAGGCCCAGGCUGGGAAGCAUGGGGAAGACCUCCGGAAUACCCGGAAUGAGAUUUCAGAGAUGAACCGGGCCAUCCAGAGGCUGCAGGCUGAGAUUGACAACAUCAAGAACCAGCGUGCCAAGUUGGAGGCCGCCAUUGCCGAGGCUGAGGAGCGUGGGGAGCUGGCACUCAAGGAUGCUCGUGCCAAGCAGGAGGAGCUGGAAGCCGCCCUGCAGCGGGCCAAGCAGGAUAUGGCACGGCAGCUGCGUGAGUACCAGGAACUCAUGAGCGUGAAGCUGGCCCUGGACAUCGAGAUCGCCACCUACCGCAAGCUGCUGGAGGGCGAGGAGAGCCGGUUGGCCGGAGAUGGAGUGGGAGCCGUGAAUAUCUCUGUGGUGAAUUCCACUGGUGGCAGUAACAGUGGCGGUGGCAUUGGGCUGACCCUCGGGGGAACCAUGGGCAGCAAUGCCCUGAGCUUCUCCAGCAGUGCGGGUCCUGGGUCCCUGAAGGCUUACUCCAUCCGGACCGCAUCUGCCAGUCGCAGGAGUGCCCGCAACUGAGCCGCCUCCCACCACUCCAUUCCCCUGGCCACCGCCCACAGUCACAAGAAGAUUCCCAUCCCUGCCUCCCAUGCCUGGUCCCAAGACCAUGGGACAGUCUGGGAAGUGAUGUCAGAAUAGCUUCCAAUAAAGCAGCCUCAUUCUGAA